GGAUGACAAGAAGUCUCUUGGACGGCUUGCCCAAGUUAGCCAGAACCUGAAGGAGCCCGCACUGGAUGCACUUUACGCCGACAUCGAGAAUAUCGUCGACCUACUCAGGAGUUUUCCUUCCCACGUGUUGAAUCUAGAGGAGCGUCCACCUAAUAAACCUAUGCUGGUUGCGAGGCAGCAGCCAACUCGUGCGGACUGGGACAAGGUACUUUCGUACACAUCGAGAGUCAGAUGCCUCAACGAACAGCCAUUUGGGUCCGAGUCGGCUGUUCUCCCGCCAGAUACCGCUGAUGCUAUGUGCGAGUGGAUCCGCCCGUUUUCGUUCCUGUUUCCAAAGCUACGUAAAGUGUGUAUAUCACUUCAACACGACCGCUACUAUCGCUUCAUCACGACGUUCAUCACUGAACCUUCCCUUCUUCACUUGGAGCUGGAUGGGUGCUAUCAGCCGCUACUCUUUCAAUGCGCCCCGAAUCUGGCUUCUACGUGCCCGUCGCUUGUAACUCUCAACAUCACGUGCGAAGUCUAUCAGAUUGAUGACGAGGACAAUGGCAACAACCCUAUUCCUGCCGUUCUGGAGAACCUAUGUGGCUGGCGGAACUUACGGAACCUCAGCUGCGGCCCCCUCGACUGCGAUGCACUGACUUACCUAUCAUGCCUUCCGACACUACGUUCUCUGUCUAUACCUGCCACGAAGUACUCGUCGUGGAUCAACAGCCCUAAGCGUGGCUACUUCGACUCUCUGGACCAUCUCACAUUGCUGGUCGACGACUUUCAGGUUUGCAUGACUGCCAUUACGAUGUUAUUCUCGCUUCCAGAUGGCCGGAAAGCUCAUCUGCGUAGCUUACGGCUUCAAGUAGAUAUCAGCCAACGGGGUGAGGCGUUAUUUAGCUCUCCGUCACAGCUGGCGUCCGUCACCACUGCACUAACGGCGUAUCUCGCUCGCACCUCACUAAAGGAAUUCUUCGUCUCUCAGGAAAGCAUCCCGGACGCAGGAAUGGUCCCCGCACUAACGAAUCUCUACACGGGUCUAUUUCCGCUUACCUCUUUUCCUGCCCUCACACACCUCACGACCAGGCAUUACGGGAAUAGGUCGGAUGACGGUUAUUUGCUCACCGAAUCUGAGCUUUUGGAGCUCCUUCGACAUUGGCCUGCUCUUGAGCGCAUUGACUGCGCUACGCAGAGCAUAUCUCUCAGGAGUCUCGUCACGAUCCUUCGUCUCUGCUCCGGCGUGCGAUUUAUCAUGGUCCCUGUCAAAUUCUCCUUAAACGACGUCUUUGAAUGUCUCUUUGGCGCAGAACGGCCCCGAGGAACGCCUCUAACGUUUGCGGACCUUCCAUGCCACACCUCAGUAACCGACCUGUCAUUCACUUUCGAGCCGCCCGACGUGGUCUCGCCUGAAGCUAUGCUAGCUGUGGCAACAUUUUUCUUCCGUGUCGUACCCAACAUUAGGGCGCCUUUCGACCGGAGAUUACUUGAAUAUGUCACUCGGAAACAGUUCUGGGAUGCCACCUUUGCCAUCGUCAAGUCUUUGCGUUCAGGUCUGUGGGACAGUUUUCUCAACAGAUUUGUUCCGCCGAACCCGGUUUGAUGCCCAACUCCCGCUUUUUGUAAACUGUGUAGUAAAUUCGAUAAAUGGUCUGU